GACCCUUGUUUCGAUGUAGAUCAGCUGGGACAAUAACAACAAGAACAGCCGAAAACGGGGUCCGGAAGACACUUUCACACCCGGACCGCACCCGAUGCGAUCCACCGAAGGACCUACGGCUCCUUUUUGGAAAGAAGGUGCCGGUGUUUCACCGAUUUAUUUCCUCACAUUUCCCAGUUUUGUCGGACUGCUUCCUGCGUGCCCCAACAAAACGAGGGGGCAGAAGAAAUGCGGCUAAUAACUUAGCUAGCUAGCGUGCUAAUUUGCCCUAUAUUCUCACAUUGAAGGAAACAACUGUAUGCUCAUUUAAUCUAACUAUCGCUUUAUUAUUUAUACUCUUAUAUAUGUUUGUUUUUUAAAUGCGGCGAUGCCCUUUACUCUUAGUAUGUAUUUUAUUUCGAUAGCUCACUUAUUAGAAAGCUCUUAUAAAGUUUUAAUAGCCAAUUAACUAAGCUCUCUCUUAUGUAUACGUAGACCUUAAACAUUUAUUUACCCUCACAUGGGUGGUUUUGUGGUUUGUUUGUUCCCUUGUUAUUCUUUGUUGUUAGACAGAAGAAGCUAGCUGGUUAGCAGGGGUCGGUAGCUGUGUUGGGGACAGUGUGGCCAGGCCUCACGUCUGUUCUGAACUGACAGGAGAGAUGAAAACAAAAGAUUAGCCUGCUAGCUCGCUAAUAACUCAACAUUGUACACCUUCCACGGAUGAUUUGCGACCCUUUUGCUUUUUGAUAAUCGAUCAGCGGCUGAGCCUCAAGUCGCUGAGUUGGCAUGUGUUUAGCAAUAUAGUUUGAUUUGCCAAAUUUCCUGUUUGGCAGAACAUCCUGUGCUGUCGUGUCAUUAUCAGCCCACAGCUUACAUUAGGAAUAUUACAGGCUGACUGGUUACUGAUCAUGUUAGUAAUCAUGUCUUUGUCGUAGCUUGUUUGUUAAUACGCAGAGUGACAUUAGAGAAAAGGGAACUUCAUGGAGAAAUGCUCAAGCUGCCUUAAAUUCUUUGAGUAAGGCAAGUCCAAUCAGGCGUUGGUAGUUCAGAUCAAACUUAAAGGCUUCAUAGUGACACACUGCCAUGUCAGAGACUCUGAUAACAGGGCAGACAUCCGAGGAUCUGUUGGCUGACUUUGAGACUCUGCUGAACUCUGGGAGCAUCGACCUGAGCGAAGACCACCAGAUAGUGAUCAUCACCAGCCCCAGCAAUGAGGGACUCCACCCGGCCGCCGCCCCCACCAGCACGGGGGAAAUCCUGCUGUUUGCCACCCCGCAGGGCCCCGCUGACGUGGGGAUCCAGGACAAGAGGCGACCAGCUCUGGGGAGACCUCCGGUAAAAAGGAAGCUGGACUUGGAUAGUGACCAUCAGUAUGUCAGCACAACUCGACCGUCCAUAGGCCAAGCGCCGCCCUCCACACCCGCCCCGCCCAGAGUUCCUCGAAUCACGACCGAGAAGUCCCGUUAUGACACGUCCUUGAACCUGACCACCAAGCGCUUCCUGAACUUGCUGUCCCAGUCUGCUGACGGCGUGGUGGAUCUUAACUGGGCCUCGCAGGUCCUUGACGUCCAGAAGAGGCGCAUCUACGACAUCACUAAUGUCCUGGAGGGAAUCCAGCUCAUUUCCAAGAAGUCCAAGAACAACAUCCAAUGGCUUGGUAAUCGAGUUGAUGCAGCGCAGGUUGCCCGCCAUAAGGAGUUGCAGAGGGAGGUGUGCGACCUCACGGAUGCCGAGGAGCAGCUGGACGAGCUCAUUACUAAAUGCAACCUGCAGCUGCGGCUGCUCACAGAGGAGCCACAGAACAAGAAGUUGGGCUACGUGCGCUGCCAGGACUUAAGGCAAUCCUUUGAUUCCCCUGACCAGCUGGUCAUGGUGAUCAGAGCUCCACCAGAGACCCAGAUGCAAGUUUCAGAACCCUGCAAGGGUUACCAGGUGUCGCUGAAGAGCACGCGGGGUGCUAUCGACGUCUUCCUCUGUCCAGAAGACAGCUCCGGCGUCUGCAGCCCAGUGACAGACGGUAGUCCCUCCAAACCCAAUGCUGACUCUCCUCUUGUCCCGCCUCCUGCACAACCCACAGACCAAUCACAAGCCAGAGCAUCCACAAACACCCUGGAUGUGGGUUUAUCAUCACCAGCAUCCACGUCGUCCACGGUGACGGCAGCCUCCCAGCAGGACCCGUCGUCUCUGGUGUUAGGAGGGGACACAGAAUCCCUCCUUGGAGGCGACCCGUUCUCCGGCCUCGCAGACAUGCCCGAUUUUAACUUUUCACCCCUCUCCUCCUCGGACUUCCUGAACGGCGAGGGCUUUCCCCUCCCGCUGGACGGCUUCAUCAACCUAUCCCCCCUCACAGUCAUGAUUACCACUUUGGACUAGAGGACAAUGAAGGCAUCAGUGAACUGUUUGACUGUGACUUUGGAGACCUUUCGCAAGUUCUGGGCGACAGUUAAAGAAGAAGAAGAAGAAGGAGGUUCAGCUUUUAGGACUUUCUUCUUUCUGUUGGGGCUUCUCAAGGAGUGCAGGAAUUUCAGGACAAAUCUUUGUCAAAAUCUCAGCCUUCAUAUUCUAAGCGUGGGUUGUGGGAGAACGUGUAGUUAUUACCUUGGUGAACCCGACAACAACCACCCAAAUCUCAAACUGGCCCCAAAUUGUACAGCACACUAUUAGCACUUCUUUUGGCCAUUGCAACAUUUUAGACCAAGAAUUGAGCUCUAGUAUAGCUAUUUAAAUUAUUUAUACGAAUGCUAUUUUGAUAUUUUGUACCAAGUGAGCUUUUUUUGUUAUAAUUGAUGAUGUUAUAUCCGAGUGGAGAGCGCAGGUAGGUAGGUGUGUGUGUGUAUAUAUGUGUGUGUGUGUGUGUGUGGAGUAUGGAUUCAUAGGGCUGGUUUUUCCUUAACACUGAUUGGCUCAAAUCUAACUACUUAUACUCCUCGUCUCAGCGGCCAUGUUGUGUUCUGUAAGGUUGCAUUUUUCGGCAAAGUCAGAGAGUUUGCACCCAACAGAAGCUGCCUCUAUGGAACCAGUAUCACAGGAAGUGCAGGUUCAGUGAUGGGCCGUCCAGAAGUGUCUUGGUGCAGUUUCAAAUAUAUAUUUUUCACAACUAUAGAGAUGAUCAUAAGCACAAAGGUAAAAGCUUCAUGAUAAUCAGAUUUGUCAAACACACUGGAAUCCUUUAAGACUGGAGUGAAAUUCGAGGUUUUAUUGCCCAAUCGAACGACUCGAUUUGCACAUGUUCCACGGCGGAUUAUUAAAUGUACAUAAAGACAGAGAGACUGUGUAUAAGAAGUGGACAUAGCCACCUUAAUCAUCACCCAUUUGUGUGGAACUACCUUU